UCGUCAAGCUGGCGGCCCUCCAGGAUGCGGCUCGCGCGCCCUCGCUAGCUCCGCGCGAAACACGCCACGUCGCUACAAUAACAGAGCUGUGCAAUAGCGAGGAGGUGCCCGAGGUAGAGAUCGUCAGCCUUUUACAAGAGCAUAUACCAAAGUAUCGUCUGAGAGCAGACAGUCUCACGCAGUUUGGAGGAUACGAGAAUCAAGACUGGUUCAUACCAUCGCCGGCGCUGCCAGUCAGCCCGGAGGACCUGGCACUCACUCCUGACCAGAUCAGGGAGACGCUCAAUUACUUUCUUCUAUGCAGCAACAGGGUGAGCCAAAUGACAAAAACCUACAAUGACAUCGAAGCGGUAACACGGCUCUUAGAAGAAAAAGAAAAAGACUUAGAGCUGACGGCGCGCAUUGGCAAGGAACUUCUGACUGCGAACGGCAGACUCGAAGCUCGUGUAACCGCACUUGAGGGAGAACUGCGGAGCGCGCGGGACCUCGUCACUCAGUUGCGGCACGAGAUAUCCUCUAAGAGUGAUUUACUGCAGGUUUUAACCGAUGACACAGAAGAGGGCUCACCCACAGAGGAACAAGAGGCGCCGACGGCUAUUGCUUUGAAGAGACGAACUGGCGCCCUGGAGCGGGAAAAUCGGGCAUUGAGGGAGGAGGCUGCGCGCCUCGCUGCCGGUGCUGACUCGGCAGAGCUUGCCGAGAGGCAGCUGCUGAGGGAUAUUGCGGCUCAGCUCUCGAGUGCAAAUUCGGAAGCGAGUGUGCUCAGCUUGGAACUGGCAGAGGAGCGGCAACGUUGGGUCGAUUUACAGUAUCAGCUCGACACCACAAACGCACGACUCGCCGCUUCCGAAAGAAAUCUACAACAGUUAACCACAGAACACGAGCACACGCUUCGAAUCUUAGAGAUAACAAAAGAUAACCAGAAUGCACUUGCCUCGGAGCUGGCUGACACUAAGGAGCGGUAUGCAGAAGUGGCAGCGUUACUGGCCGAGGCGCAGGAACAACUGCGCGCGGUCCGGAAGCGCGGAGAGGUCACCCGCGGGCUCAUGCCUUCCGUGGCGGCCGCGGCAGGACUGCUGCCCGCCAGCCUUCACCGAGAGAUGCACUCUUCCGUCUACUCCGAGCUUAGUCUCGACUCCGGCAUCGGAGACCCACUCGCGCAUUCAAGCAUGCAGAAAGUGUUUGAGACAGUGCAAUGCGCGUCUCGCUGGUCGGGAGCGUCACUGUCGGGCUCGGAUCCUGACGCGGUGCCAGCGUACAAGCUGCCCACCAAGCCGAACUCUUCAGACUCCUUCUUCGAAGACAUGUCUGACACUGAGUCGGAGGAUUUGUAUCCCGGAAACACGGGAGUUGGGGUUCCGGGGGCACCUGGGGCGUCAGAGCUAGCGGCGGCUUUGCGAAGGCUCACUCCUCAAGAAAUAAACUCGAGGCGUGCUUCGCUGGCCGCAUCGCACGUGCUGAGGCAUCGGAGACGAACGGAGAGGGACUUAAGUGAAGAGAGUGCGGUAUGGGGAGCGGGGGCGGCGGGUGGCAUGGCGCGGUUUAGGCUUCCUCAUAAGCUGCAAAUAGUCAAGCCAAUGGAGGGAUCACUCACCCUGCACACGUGGGCGCAGCUAGCUAAACCAACCAUGUCGGGUUUACUCGAAGAGCAAGAAGGCGUUGGUGUGCGAGGGUCCAGAUCAGCACAGGCGUUGGGCAUGCGUAUUUACAGGCUAUCCGACGUGGAGGAAGACGAUGACAUGCUGCGGUUACCGCACUCCAGCCAUAUUUAUACUUUCACUAACAGCACGGUUUUACAUCCAAACGAUGGCAGCCUCGUAGGUAGCAGCGUGAGCAGCGUCUGUAGCAGUGGUAUGAGCAGUCUUUCCAGCUCCGUACUGGGAAGCGCUUGGAGUUCGCGCCUCACAUCGCGCCGGUCGUCCGCCGCGGUCUCGCCUGUGCACUCGCGCCGAGACUCGUUGUGCCAGCCCUCCUCCCGCCCGCACUUCACCCCCACAGCAACCCCCGCCAACAGCCCGCUACUGGGCUCGCCGGACUCCUCUCCCCCUCCGACCCCCCGCCCCGGCGACGCACCUCCCUCUCUCCACUCUCUCAUUGCGAGCGGCACCUCAAUCCUCCGACGCCGCUAUCUAAUAUCUCCGGCCUCAGAUGGGUCUCCUUCGCCACUAGCUUUACAAACACCUGGAUCUCUUUACAUGGGACUUGUCCAUCGAAGUCCGAUGGAGCAGUUGACUUGUUUGAAACGGACUCUUCGAUCUCCCGCCGCUGCUCCAACGGAGCGCGGCGACACAGCGGACGCCCCACUAGGAGUUCCCGCUCAUCCAGGAGAAGGUGCAUUGGAUGCUGCUGCUCUUGGUAGUCUUAAUGCGAACGGGAGAAGAGGGAGAGUGCGGGCGCCGCGGCCUCGCACGGACUUGGGAACGGUGGGGUCGACUCCGACGAGCAGUACUCCGGCGCAGUCCUCACCUCUUGGCACGCUCAGCACCUUUCUAUUCGGCCGGAAAGGUGGUCUGCUAUAAGAUAGUCUUUCCGACUCAUCAGAGGUGCUUCCGUAGAUCGCUCGGACGCCGCUCGCCUUGAAAACCGCUGAGCGCGUUUCGAGCCGAGUUACGCUAAGCGAUGGAACUGAGUAUACAGUUAACCAAUCAAGCGUCCUAUUACACCUACGGUAUCCCAACCAGAUUUUCUAUUUAACUCGAAAUCUAUUAUAUUAUAUUGUUCUAAUUUUCAAUAUACUUCGGAGCUGGAAAAUAAGUAGAAAAUUUCUCGUUAUAGGGAUAUGCUAUAAUUUUUUAUAUUAUAAGGGAAUUUGGAAAUAGAAACGCAGUUCUCGAUUUGUAAAGAUGAUAUACGUAGAUGUUCCUGGACACUUGAUAAGUUAAGGUGAAUAGUUACAGCGGCUACUGCGUGAAUCAUUAUAUGUAAUAUUAAAAUAACUUUGUUUAUUUGGUGCUCAGACAGUGGUUUAGUUUCACUUAUCAACAUUUUUGUACGAAGUAGUUACUGUUGCGAUUUGCCUUAAUAUGGCGUAGACUUAUUGAUUUUUUACUUGUGAUUUAGAUGUAGAUACUUUUUAAGCGAGAAACUUUUCGUUAUUGUAGGCAAUACUAUGAUCAUCGACGUUAUUGGUAUUAUUUUAUGUUAUGGAACAUGUAUGUUUGUGAGUCCUUUGUUUUUUUUAAAUAUUUUGACGUUGUUUGUUUUGUAUUUUUUGUUUUUUUUUUUUUUUGCAUUUAUGUGGAUGACUUUAAUAAUGAAUCUGAUUUGAUCUUUGAAGAGACUUGUUUAUGUCGCCAUCGUAGCAUUUUCAAAUCUAACACAUUCCUUUUUGAUAAAUAGUAUUAAUCGAAUGCGUGCGUAUUUUGCUUAUCAGGAUUAUCCAGAGAACUGAUCGGCAAUAAUACCGGAAAUAAAAGAUUUGUAGAAACUUUGAACAGCGAUGUCUUAUUGAUGCUAAAUGAAUACAAGAUACGUAUUUUUUUAAGAAUUAAAGUGCCUAAACUAAGAAGCGUAAAAAGACGCAAUUACUUGGAAAUUAAGGCCUUCCAACUAAUAAAUAAACAUCUUAUUUACAUAUCAUACAAUUUACUCUUGGGUUAGUACGUGUGAGGCUUUUGAGUACCUCUUUCUUAGUUUUGAUUUAGCGUCAUGGGCGUAGCAAAGAUGCAUCAGAAAAUCAUAAAAAAAAAUAGUAAUCGAACCUGUAAGUAAUUAUUUAAAAAAAAAAAACUUUAAUAAGUCUUAUGUUUUGGUUGUGUUCCUCGUACUUCAAUGAAAGUUCUUAUCACCAUAAUGACUUACACAAUUGAAUAUUAUGAUAAACUAGUAAGACACAUAUUUUUUUUUUAUAAUCUUGUCAUCAUAAUUAUUAGAUAAAUUCAUAAAAAAUAUCAUUGUAAAUAAUUGAAUUUCCAUUAAUUUAGAAGAGUACAAAUUAUUUAUGUUUAUAUAAAAUUAGCAGUAUUUGUAAUGAACGUUAUUCGAAUGUUCGAAUUAAUAAUAUAAAAUUAAAAUGGAAUCCGAAUGUAGUGAACAUUUGGACUAUUAUUAUUAUUUUUAUGUGCAACAUAAUUGUUUUUCAUUUUCAUUUUUGCUCAUUAAUAUUAUAUUCCGUUUUAUAAUUAACCAUUUCUUUAAACUUAAUUAUUAACUCAGGGUCUAAAAUGUAAAAGUGGUGCAUGCCAUAGUUUAAGAGAAGUUUGUAAAGUUGUCCAAUUGAAAUUGUUACUUGAGUCAUCAGCAUGGCAUUCGACCGAAGAACUUUUGUUCACAGUCUUUAAUUUUACUUUUGAUAGCUUUAUUAUUUAUUUGUCAUUUAAGUUUAAAACGGGGAGGAGAAGUGAUUAUUUUUAUAAUCACAAACGGUGGAUACUUAUAAUAUCACUUUUAUAAGAAUAUGUGACUAGUAUUUCUAGAUUUUUAGUCCUGUUUUUGUCUAUAUAGCACACACUCUUAUCCAGUUAAAAUGGAGAAUUAGAAAAAUGAUAACUUAGUUUAUUGUAACUUUCUUAGUAAUAUCAAUCUCUGUUAUAAAUUAUAUAAAUACAAAACGUACUAAGUUAAAUAAAAUUUACAUUUAAAAAUCUGAAAUUUCUUAGAAUUAGAAAUAAUUAGGGCUACAACUUUGCGUGUUAAUAAAAACAGAUGCGUGUGUGACGCAAACAAAACGUGUGAACUGAAAAUAUUUUGACUGGAUUACUUAAUAUUUUGUGUGAGUCCACUUCUCCAACCCUGUCGGUGCUAGGUAGCAACUAUGCCAGUGAGGUUCCCUGUGUGAUUGCCACAAUCGCACGAAUUUAGUUCUUAGUCGUUUAGCAGUAUCAUGUAGGUUAAUAGGUUAUUUUUUAAUUCAGUUUAUGCUUUAAUCAGAGAAUUGUAGUAAAUCAAUUACAUGUUUCUUGUGAAGGUAGUCAGGAAGGCUGUGAGGCGAUACUUGUUGGUCACGAUUGUGUUGUAAGAUUCCGGGGUUUACUUGUAUACAGUGAGUUAAGCACAAACUGUACAUUGUAAGAGGGUAACUUGUUGAGAUUUGACGAUAACAAUAUUAUGGAUAGUAAUGAUUGUAUUAUAAUAGAAAUAUAAUUUAUUCCAUGAUU